CUCCUUUUUGAAACUGUAUUCUUUGUCAUAUGUAACUCCUUAUGCUCUGGUUCUUCUGUGUUUCUGUUUCUUUUCUGUUUUCUUUAUGGGAUCUAUUUUUAUUCAUUACCUAGAUCUAGAUAUUCUCAUGGUUCCAUUCUUGACCUUACUCUAUAAACAUGAUUUAAUCUCUUCCCCUGGUUUCAUCACUCAUGUGUAUGCUUAUGACCUUUCUGUCAAGUCUUAGACUCACAUAUCCAAAUGGCAGCUACUGCUUCACCUGGAUGCCUCAUAGCUAUUUCAGGUCCACUAAGUUGUUCUAAGUAGAAACCUGUAGUUAACUGUGAACCCCCCCAACACCACCUCCUUCACCUUCUAUAUUUAAUGAAUCACCAAGCUUCAUUUACCUCCUGAACAUUGCUGUACCCUUCUCUCCAGCCCUGCUUUUCCCACACUAGUUUAGGUCCUCAACAUCUUUCCUAGAGCUUUAUUACUCAAAGUGUGGGUUGUGGAUCAGCACCAUUGGCAUCAUGUGGGAGCUUGUUAGAAAAAAGAAUCUCAGGCCCCACUCAAUGCAGACAUACGGAAUCAGAAUCUGUAUUUUAACAAGAUCCCUAGGUGAUUUGUACCCAUUAAAUUUUGAGAUGCGGUAUCCCAGAGUAUUGUCACAAUCUCCUACCUACUCUCCCUGCCUCCAGUUUUAUCUACCCAAAUUCACCCUCAAUUUAACCACUAGAGUGUUUUCACUUGAAAUAUAAAUAUUUCCAUGUCAUUACCCUUCUUUAAGACCCUUCAUUGUUUCACCUUUCAUUGUUAUCUUCGACGGAUAAAAUCUAAGCUCCAUAGCUCUACCAUCUUGUUUCUGCCUGCCUUCUCCAGGCUUAUUCCCUGGUACUUCCUUCCAUGAUCUGUGUGGGUCAGUACCUGCAAACUGCUUAUGGUUUCCAGAAACCAUUACCCUGUUUUUUGUCUCUAUCCCCUUGUUCAUGCUGCCACUUUGCCUGGAAUAUCCCCAUAACCCUCUUCUCCUGACUAACUCCUACUCAUAUUUUAACAUACUGCUGCUGCCUUUUCAUUUCUUUCAAGGCUAAUCUUCUGUGAUUCCUUAACCUGCAUAUAUAAUUAUCUCUCUACAUAUCUUUCUCCCAUUAGGGUGUAAGGUCUUUGAGGGAAGGAACUUCAUCUAACUCAUCUAUAUUUCCAGUGCUAGAGAUGGAAACUGGCACAGAAGUAGGCCUACCUUAAUAGAGAUUAAUUUAAUAUAUGAAUCAGUGAACUAUUAAUUACGCUUUAUUUAUUGAGUGCUUACCCUAUUUUUAUACUAUUUCAUUUUCCUAUUUAAUGUGAUCCAACAUAUCUCAAAAAGUUACACAGAGAUAAACAUUUUUAUCUGGGAUUUUAAAGAAUGUUGAUUUCAGCAAGUGUAAAAAUAGAAGUGAUAGGGCUUCUGAAAGUAGGAGUAGAGAUGUAUGGUGAAAUGACAGACUUCCACUUGUUAGGGUAUAUUUCCUAUUGCUGGGCUGAGGGUAUCUGAAAUAAGUACCUUCUAGUUUAGUGGCAUUAGGUAAAUUUGAACUGAAUCAGCUAUGAGAAGCACUCUUGUCACUUCUAAAGGGGGAGUGUAAUUUUGGCACUGCAGAGUUUCAAGGUUAUUAGAUGAGGGAAGAAAGAUUUUGGAGAAAUUUUCAUCUGAUGAUGGAGGAGAGGGAUGGUCAUCAGCAUCAUUUAAUUCAGUCAUUGAAAGCAUUCUAUGUUAGCCUCUGAAGCUAGAGCUCAAAGAACAAAUUUUCAACCCUGCCUUGACUAUUUCAUUUCAAGAGCAGUAAAUAAUUUGAAUAUUAAAAAACAACUGGAGAAUUUAAAUUAGUUAAUGAGAAUUUGAAAGAACAGUAACAGCAGAAGCCCAUAUUAAUGUUAGCAAGUGGUAAAAAAACAAUUUAACAUAUGCCACCUUAACUAUUUCACUCUUCCCUCAUUUUCUUCUUUCUGUCUUUGCCUUUCUUUCCAUCUGCCAUUAUUUUUAUGUUUCUCCCAUAUCUAAUCUCUUUCUCUUUUUCUUCAUCAUUCUCACUGCUUUCUUCAUGUCCCUCAUCCAGCCCAGAUCUUAUUAGCACAGGAAUGGCUACCAUAACGAUAUGGAACUAAAGUAUCAUUUAGUAUGAGAACCUACGUUUGCCAUAUUUGUAGUAUCACUUUUACAUCUUUAGAUAUGUUCCGGCUCCACAUGCAAGGAAGCGAACAUCAAAUUAGAGAAUCCAUUGCUAUCAAUCUAGUGAAGAAUUCAAAGACACAAGACUCUUACCAAGAUGAGUGUGCAGAUUACAUCAAAGUGCAGAAAUCUAGAGGACUAGAACCCAAAACUUGCUUCAGAAAGAUGGAAGAGAGUUCUUUGGAGACCCGUAGAUACAGAGAAGCAGUUGAUUCCAGAUCCAGACAUAGAAUGUUUGAACAAAGACUACCAUUUGAGACUUUCCAGACAUACCCAGGACCAUACAAUACUUCACAGGCAGUGGAAAACCAGUUACCUCAUUGCUUACCAGCUUAUUCACAAAAGACAUAUGACUCUUUCCAAGAUGAACUUGAAGAUUACAUCAAAGUGCAGAAAGCCAGAGGACUAGAUCCGAAGACUUGUUUUAGAAAGAUGAGAGAGAACUCUAUGGAAACUUACAGGUACAGAGAAAUGGUUGAUUCUGGACCCAGGCAAAGAAUGUGUGAGCAAAGAUUUUCAUUUGAGACUUCCCAGACCUACCAGCGACCAUACUAUAUUUCACCAGUAGAAAGCCAGUUACCUCAUUGGUUACCAGCUCAUUCAAAGAGAACAUAUGAUUCUUUCCAAGAUGAACUUGAAGAUUAUAUCAAAGUGCAGAAAGCCAGAGGUCUAGAGCCAAGGACUUGUUUCAGAAACAUAGGUGAUAGCUCUGUGGAAACACAUAGGUACAAAGAAACGGUUGAUGUCAGACCCAAACAUAGAAUGUUGGAGCAAAGGCUCCCAUUUGAGACUUUUCAUGCCUAUCCUGGACCAUACAGUAUUUCACAAGCAGCAGAGAACCAGUUACCUCAUUGCUUACCAGCUCAUGACAGCAAACAGAGACUAGACUCUAUUAGCUACUGUCCACUCAGCAGAGAUUAUUUCCCAGAAAAACCAGUACCCUUGAGCCUUAAUCAGCAAGAAAAUAACUCUGACCCAUACAGUGUAGAAUCUGAAGUUUACAAGCACCUCUCCUCAGAAAAUAAGACCAGUGACCAUCAAGCAGGUCAUAAACGGAGACAUCAGAAGAGAAGACGACACUUGGAAGAAGGUGAAGAAAGGCCUGAGAAGGAGCAAUCCAAGCAUAAAAGGAAAAGGAGUUAUGAAGAUACGGAGUUAGGCAAAGAUAAGAGCAUCCGACAAAGGAAAAGAGAGGGAGAUAAAGUCAGGGUCAGUUCAGGAAAGCUUAAGCAUCGAAAAAAGAAAAAAAGCCAUGAUGUACCCUCUGAGAAAGAAGAACGUAAGCACAAGAAACAGAAAAAGAAAACUGUUGAAGAAAGGACAGAAGAGGAGAUGCUGUGGGAUGAGUCUAUUCUUGGAUUUUGAACUUUUAGUUUUGUUUACCCAGGGAGUAAUUGAAGAAAACAGUUAAGAAUAUGUAUUUAGACAAAGACAGGAGCAUCUGAUGAAGAAAGGGAGAGGUAGAUAACAGUCAUUGUCAGUUCAGAAACAAAUUGUUUGUGUAAAAAUUUAAAUUGAAUUGAAAAAGAAAUAUAAAGCCUAAACCUAGCCUGUGAGAAAGAACAUAACAUAGGGAGAACAUGGGAGAAAAGGAAACUUGUUGAAGAAAAUGUAGAAGAGUUAAUGUUUGGGGAUGAGUCUACUCUUGGAUUUUGAACUUUUAGUUUGUUUACUCAAAGACUAAUUGAAGAAAUAAGUUAAGAAAAUGGAUUUAGACAAAAACAAAAGCAUCAGAUGAAGAAAAGGAGAGGUAGAUACAGUCAGUGUCAGUUGAGGAAAACUGAUUUUUUUAAAACUUGAAAUUUAAUUCAAAGAAACAAAAAUGCCUAAACCUAGUCUCUGAGAAACAGGAACAUAAGAACACAAGAACAUAACAAAAAGAAGCCCAUUGAAGAAAAGACAGACAAGUCAGUGCUUUGGGAUGAGUCUACUCUUGAACUGUGAACUUUUUAGUUUUGUUCUCUCAAGGUUGAAGAAGUUGAAGAGAUUGGUUUCAUGAGUUUCAUGUUAUUUGAAUUUUUCUAGGUGGACGUUACUUUAAUAUCUAACAAAAGCCAAGUGAAGUACAAGUAUUCAAUAUGCCUUUUCCUCAAGUUAUUUUCCCUCAUUUUCUUUAAAAAAAGGAAAAAAGAAAAAAAUUAUUACAUGUUUCUUACAUAUAAUGUAAUUUCCCUAAAUGAAAUCGUCUCUACUUCUGUUCAUCAAAUUGCUGUGAUAGUGAACUAUUUACUCAUGGGAAAUAAUUUAUUUUAAAUGGGAAUUAUCAAGUGUUGCAGAAAUCAUUCCUUGUUUGGGUUUGUGUUGGUGAUAUCUUGUUGUGUGUGUGUGUUAAUGUUUCUUGGCUUUCUCCAAGGAAAAUGUAUGAAACAAAUUAGACUGAUUUUUUCUUUGUUAAACCUAAUUUGCAGUGUAUUUUUGUAUUUUCUAGUUCUGAAAGUGGAAAAUGAAACAGUCUAUAAUAAACUUAGAUGAUAUAUAGUUUUAAAAAGCUCUGAAAAAGUGCUGAUACAAAAAUCAGUCUAUAUUCUGGAAAUGUUUAUAUUAAAGUGUUUUAAUUUC